UUGGGCCAAGGUCCCCUUGGGAGGAGGAGGCUGGGCGCUGGAGGGCGAGGCCCGGCCCUCCCUCCACUAGAUAGACAUAUAUAUAGAGAGAGGGCGCAAGAGAAGGAGCUGGGAAGCUCUUGGGCAGCAGGGCGCCUGGCAGGAACCCAGAGGAGGAGCAGGCGGUGCAGCAGAGGAGCCCGGUUCCAGGGGAAGGCGCUCAGGAGCCGGACUGGGGUCGGAUCUCGGCGAAGGGGGUCCCCCACCAUGCAGUAGCUCCCCGAUGGAGCCCUUCUACGAGGCGGAGCCCCGGCCUCCCAUGACCCACCACCACCAGCACCACCAGCCCGUCCCUUCCUCUGGCCCCGGGGCUCCUUCUUCGUCCUCCUCCUUCUUCUUCCCGGCUGCUGCCGCUGCUGCUUCCUCGGAGCUGCCGUCGGCGGAGCUGUGCGAGCAGGAGCACUCCAUCGACCUGAGCGCCUACAUCGACCCGGGCGCCUUCCACGACGAGUUCCUGGCCGACCUCUUCCAGCACAGCCGCCACAAGGAAGGGCCGCCGGGGGCCAUGCCUGGGCCGGGCUUCCCUCUGCCGGGGGCCCCGGGCAGCACCGCCGCCCUCCUCUACGGCUACAGCGACCCCAAGGCCGAGGGCGAGGGCGGCGGCGGUGGCUUCCUGGGGGGCGGCCUGGGCCCGGGGCUGCUGCCGGGGCUCCGCCCGGUGCUGGUCAAGCAGGAGCCCCGCGAGGAGGAGGAGGACGAAGGGGAGGAGGAGGAGGAGGAGGCCGCCCUGGCCGCCCUCUACCCGCCACUGGCCCACUGCAGCCACCUCCAGUACCAGGCGGCCCACUGCGCCCAGACCACCGUCCACCUCCAGCCCACGCCGCCGCCCACCCCGGCCCCCAGCCCCCAUCCACCACCAGCACCAUCAUCCCCAGCAGCAGCAGCACCACCAUCAUCCCCAGCGUCUGCAUCACCCGCUGCUGCCGCCGCCCCGCCCGGCCCGGCUCCUUCCUCCUCCUCCAAGGCCUCCAAGAAGGCGCUGGACAAGAGCAGCAGCGAGUACCGGGUCCGUCGGGAGCGGAACAACAUCGCCGUCCGCAAGAGCCGGGACAAGGCCAAGCAGCGCAACGCCGAGACCCAGCAGAAGGUCCUCGAGCUCAGCACCGACAACGAGCGCCUCCGCAAAAGGGUCGAGCAGCUCAGCCGCGAGCUGGAGACCCUCCGCGGCAUCUUCAGGCAGCUCCCCGAAGGCUCCCUGGUCAAGGCCAUGGGGGGGCCCUGCCCCUGAACGAGAGGGCACCCCUAAACACGCGGACCCUCGGGGAGACAGACCUCCAGAGGAGGGGGACCCCAAACCCACCAAGCCCCCUUGGGAGGAAAGACUUGGGGAGCAGCCUGGAAAAGAGAAGGCGAAGAGCUGAAAG